GCUUGUUCCCGCUCUUCCACACCCUCAUGGUCCUUUCAAUGUGGCGUAUGGAUUUGCGCGUUUUUGAUCUGGCAUCUUACGAAGAGGAAGAUAAUGAAAUAAUAGCAAUUUUGAAGAUAAAAAGAGGAUACUCCAAUAAAUGUUAUACUUGAAUGUUCCUCAAGGAUAGAGUUCUAUGCUCAGGCAACACAAUAUCUCCCACUUUUAUGUAAAACAAUAGAUUGCAAGAUGAAUAUCCUUUGCAAUAUAUGUCAAGAAUUGUUAACACCAUCGGACACACUCUUGGUCAUUUAUUGUGGACAUCUAUUUCAUAAUAACUGCUUGACGAGGUGGCUCAAAAGAUCUGCAACAUGUCCACAGUGUCGUCAGGAAGCCACAGAAGGCAAGAUCCAUAAAGUUUAUUUCACACAUGAAAACGACAAAACCAUUACGGAAAUUGCGGACUUUGCCUUGGAGGAACAGGUCAACAAUUUGAAAUUCCAGAUUUUACUAAAGGAAAAGGAUAUUAAUUUCUACACCACGAAAUCCGCAAACCUGGAAAAGCAAAAUGUGGGUCUCAGGCAGCUAGUACGAGAAGUAGAAAGCGAGAUCAAACAGAAAAACUCUAUUAUCCAGGAUUUGAUGGAAAAGAUAGUAGAUUUACAGAAAAUACAGUUAGAAUGUGCAUCUUUCAAGAAGAGACUAUCUGAAAAAGAGAAGGAACUCCAAGAAUAUAGAGAGAAAGAGAGUGCAAAAGUUGCAAAAGAUCAAGUUAAGCCUCAUCAAGAACAGUGUACAUUGGAUCAAGAAGAGAAUCAAGAGGUUGCUAAAGUAAGAGAGCGGAGUAAAAAUGAACCUGACCAUGAACACAACCAUGUCAAUAACUCUGACAGCAGAAGAAAAUCGGCUGAGGAAACUUCCAGUAGAUCAAAGAAAAGACAGUACUAUUUACUUCACGCACGAAAUCUUCAUUUCCUGAAUAAAGGAUAAGAACUGAUCGAUGUAACGAUUGAAUGAUAUCGCAAGCGCUGAUGUACUGAAGAGUAGCUUCACUGCGAGCCCAGUUGCUUGCUAUUCCUCGUUCCACUUCUGUUUGCACAGCAGAGGAAUCAACAACUUGUGAGUUGUUAGCAUCUUAUUGUGAUUUCUGAAAAAUUUGUGACGAGGAUUUUGCGUGUGCAACAGUCAGUUUUUCGAUGUAUAUUUAUAAACUUUUAUUUAAUAUUCGUAUCAUGUAGGCGCUACAUUAUUUUCAUGGAGAGAUGAACAAAGGAAGUCUGAUGUCGUAUAUAUACAUAGGAUACCUCGCGUACAGAGCAUGCUAUUUAAAUAUUACAAAAUGCAUUGGUUCUUACAUUAGUAGCAGUCAUGUUCUAACAAAUCUGAAUCGUUAAUUGGAAUGCUUUCUCUCUCCUCAUUUUUUUUAUUCUAGGAACUAAAAAGUAAGUACUUCUUCUUUUGUACGUAAGACUAGCUUCGUUCUUCUACCCGUUCAGAUUCUGCAAUUGUAAAUGCGAUCGAAUUUAAAGUCAUCGAUACUGAAAGCGUCUUACCUAAUGCGUCAAUAUCUUUAUGUUCGUUUACACAUUAUUACCUUUCUUAUACAUACUUAAUAGCGUAUUAUAUCCUAAGACUAAUGUACGAAUGUACAAAACACACUUUGGCUCCUCAAACUAAGUUUGCGCUAAACUUGUAAUACAUUAAAAAAUUGGUUUGCUCGCAGCCACUGCUGCAGUUUAAGUAGUUCCGGUUUGGUCAAUGACGUGUAAUCUGUGCAAAACUUGUCGCGUAAUUUACGAUAGAAAUGUCCAAGUCAACGGAUGAGACGAUAAACUAUCGGUUUGUCGAACAUACUUGCUUUGGAUAUGUACAGAUGUGUGAUGUUUUAAAAUUAGUUUUUAAAAACGACGGAAUUAUAAAAUACAGUUACAGUAUUACUGCAGUAUUGCGUUUAACUCGCGCACUCGGCUCAUGUUUAAUUACAAGUACAACGAUAACAA